CUGGAGGGGGAAAGAGAGAGGAGUCAGGUAGGGAAAGUCAGAGAAAUCUUUUGACUCAGACAGACACAGGGAGACCAAGGCAGAGCCUUUUAGAUGAGCUCCUAGACCUUGGACCUGUGGGGCACAGUGGGCUCGAGUGGGCCGGUUGGCUUUUGGGGAGUCAAGACAAGAGGGAGCCCAAGGGUCAGCUGACACCAGGCGACUCCGAGAUGGAGCUCAGGGACCCCGAGAACCACGAAGAUGGGGACACAGAGGAGGACACAGCCACAGCUCUCCAACGGCUCGUUGAGCUGACGGCCACCAGGGUGACCCUGGUGAGGAAUCUAAGUGUCCAGUAUCGCCUCAUCCGAAAGCUCGGCUCGGGCUCCUACGGCCGAGUGCUCCUUGCCCGGCCUCGCCAAGGUGGUCCAGUUGUGGCUCUGAAGCUCCUACGUCGGGACUCAGUCCUGAGAACCACCUUCCUGCGAGAGUUCUGUGUGGGCCGCUGCGUCUCAUCACACCCAGGCCUGCUCCAAACCCUGGCGGGACCCCUGCAGACCCCCCGACAUUUCGCCUUCGCCCAGGACUAUGCGCCCUGUGGAGAUCUCAGUGGGAUGCUGCAAGAACGGGGCCUCCCCGAGCUGCUGGUGAAGCGGGUGCUGGCCCAGCUCGCCGGAGCCCUGGACUUCCUUCACAGCCGGGGGCUGGUCCAUGCAGAUGUGAAACCAGACAAUGUGCUGGUCUUCGACCCUGCCUGCAGCCGUGUGGCCCUAGGAGACCUGGGUCUGACCCGGCCUGAGGGCAGUCCAACUCCUGCCCCCCCAAGGCCACUGCCCUUUGUCCCACCUGAGCUCUGUCUGCUGCUGCCACCUGAUACCCUGCCCCUGCGACCAUCCUUGGACUCCUGGGGCCUGGGUGUACUUCUGUUCUGCGCUGCCACGGCCUGUUUCCCUUGGGACGUGGCCCUGGCCCCUGACCCCGAGUUUGAGGCCUUUGCUGGUUGGAUGACCACCAAGCCCCAGCCACCUCAACCACCACCCCCUUGGGACCAGUUUGCGCCCCCAGCUCUGGCAUUGCUGCAGGGGCUUCUGGACCUGGAUCCUGAGAUGAGGAGUCCCCCACUGGCUGUCCUGGACUUCCUGGGGGAUGACUGGGGUCUGGAAGGGAACAGAGGGGUACCUGGGGACUUGGGGAGUAAGUCCAGUGAGGAUGAGGAGGAAGAGGAAGAGAGGGGAUCAAGCCUGGAGGAGUGGACAGAGGAGGAAGAGGCAGAUGACAAAGACAGUGGGCGGCUGGGGACAGACGGGGGAGCUUCCUGACCAGGUGACUCAGACAGGUGGCCACAGCCUGGGCCAAAGGCCCCUCCCCCAGCCUUUACAGCCACCUGGAUGGAGAGACAGCUGCUCCCAGGGACAACAGAGGCGGAACACAUUGCAUCUCUCCCUACUAAAGGCCAGAUUUGGCUGCACAGUUCCCCUCCCAACUGAGGACCUGGGAGCAGGACCCCCAGUCCCUCCUCCCUCAGACCCAGGAGUCCAGGCCCCAAGCGCCUCCUCCCUCAGACCGAGGGGUCCAGGACUCUCAUCCCCUCCUCCUUCAAGGACCCUUCCUUUUCCUCCUGUCCUGAAAGUGUCUGCUUGCGGGAAGGUGCUGUUUCCCCACAGACACUUUUCUGCACUGUGGGGACAUGUUGGAUAAGGGGAUAUGGAGUUCCAAUGUGGUCACUCCUCUCCUCUAAGACCUUGGGUGACUCCCACUGUCCAUGGCACCAAAUCUGGGCUUUCAUGAUAUGACACCAUGGAAACCUCACCCUCCGCCUCUCCCAUGUCCCUGGGCUCUGGGUGACACUGAAGGAGCCACUCAUCCUUUUUAGGCCUGAAUCUGCACGCACACGCAGGUACGCACACUUUCCUGCCCGCAUACAUCUGCACAUCCUCUGUCCCCCAGAAGGCCCUCCCUCUGCCCAGCUCAAUACCUCCAGAAGUGGCCCCGCUUGCCCACUCUGUCCCGCCAGGAACUUUUAUCCGAGAUUGUGUCUCUAUCUUCUUCGGGCUCCCUCUCAGGUGCUCCAGAACUGAUUUGCUACAUCCUUUCAGCUUCUGCCCCCAUGGGCGAGUGCCUUGUGCCUGCCUGGACAGCACAGAGCACGUGGUAGGUGAUUGUCUGGGCCCAACGGCCUCAGACGGCCUGUGCUCAGGGGCACUCCGCUUUGCACGGGCCUCCUUUCCCCAGGCAGCAUCCACCACAGCACUCCUGCCGCCCGCUGCUGACACCCCGCCAGCAAGCCCAGAGCUGCGCAGAGCUGCGUGGGUCUGCCACGAAUCCCAGUGCCCACAGGGUCCAGCACAGGAACUGUACCCCGUCCUGGGACUUUGUCCUGCAUGAUUUCCAGAUCUAUUAAAAAGUGGGUUCACUAAAUGCAGCGUGGUGUCCUGGGUUGAACCCUAGGACAGGAAAAGGUUGUGGACCGGAGCCCUGGGGAAAUGGAAAGAGUCUAAGGUUUGAUAGCGAAUUUCUGAGCUUGGACAGAGGCACCGCUGCCUGGGAGACAUCCCCCGAUGGAAAGCUGGGCGAGGGAAUAUGGGAGCUCU